AUGGCCGCCAACGAACUACGCUACGACCCGGAAUACCUGGCUGUCAUCUCCGCCAGAGAUGGAGGAGAGGGCCCGGCGCCAUUCAAGGACGUCUGGGAACUCCGCGCCUGGUCUGAGCCGAUGAUGCGGACCGUCCUCCGCGCGCAGCCCACCCCCGAACACGUCCUCGAGACCAAGAUCCCGUUCAAAAGUCACGACGGGCAGGAGGUCAACGUCUUUCGGUAUGCGACGAAGGAGAUGAUCGAGGCCACGGGUCCGCAGGCGGCGAUCGUCUACGUGCACGGCGGCGGUUUCAUCACAUGCGAUGUCGACAUUUUUGCCCCGCAAAUCAAGCGGUUUGUUGACCAGAUCGGGCUGCCGUUCUUUGCAGUGGACUACCGCCUCGCGCCAGAGUUUCCGGACGGAUUGGGCGCCGAGGAUGUGUACUUUGGGUUGAAACAUCUCUCAGAGCACGCGGCGGAGUGGAACGUUGACCCCACCAAGAUCGUCAUGAUGGGCGAUUCCGCGGGCGGAGGCAUCGCGGCCGGCGCAACUCUCAUUGCGCGCGACAGGAAGCUCGACCCGCCGUUGAGGAAGCAGGUGCUGGUAUACCCCAUGCUCGACGACCGCACCAAAGUCGAAGAGACGUCCGGCAUAUACAAGUUUCUCACGUGGAAGACGAACGACAACCGCAUCGCGUGGGAUGCUGUGCUCGGGAGCAAGGCGGGUGAUCCUGAUGCGGAUGUGUCGUUGUAUGCGGCUCCUGGCAGAGCAACGGUGGAGGACCUGAGGGGCUUGCCACCUACGUACGUUGACGUUGGCAGCUUGGAUUUGUUCCGGGACGAGUGUGUUGAGUAUGUGUUGAAGUUGAGCAAGGCGGAUGUGGAGGUUGAGUUUCACAUGUGGCCAGGCCUGCCGCAUGGGUUUGAGAGCGCGCCGACGAUUCGGUGGGUUAACAAGGCUCUAGAGGCUAGAAGUGAGGCUAUGAGAAGGCUAUGA